ACACGGACAUUUGUAGUUUAUAACAACAAGGGUAUGAUUUUAAAGCGUGAACACACGGCAAAGUAAUAGUUUUAUAUGUUUUAAGUUUAUAAACUUUUUAACAUGUUUGUGACCGAUAUUCGAAAGGAUUUUUAUGAUGUUGUCGUUAAUCAGAGAGUGGCUCUGCUGGUGUCCCCUGACAUUGAUGCCCUCUGUGCAUGUAAAGUGCUGCAGGCUCUGUUUCACUGUGAUCAAGUGCAGUACACACUGGUUCCUGUCACAGGAUGGCAGGAUUUGGGGACUGCGUUUAUGGAACAUAAAGAACAGUACCAAUAUUUUGUUUUGAUGAACUGUGGGGCAAAUGUGGACCUGCUGGAGACCCUUCAGCCUGAGGAAGACUCUGUGUUCUUCAUCUGUGAUACGCACAGACCUGUUGAUGUUGUCAACGUCUACAAUGACACUCAGAUUAAGCUUCUGAUUAAGCAAGACGAUGAUCUUGGCAUUCCGUCCUACGAUGACAUCUUCCGUGAUGACGAUGAGGAUGAAGAAGGCGAUGGAGAUGAUUCUGGGAAUGAGAGCGAUGGCAGCGCAGAGGCUUCUGGGAAACGGAGGAGAUACGAUGAGGGUGCAUUGGAAAGGAGAAUAGAGCGACAACGGGCUCGACGUGAAUGGGAAGCUCGCAGGAGAGAGAUUCUGUUUGACUAUGAACAAUUUGAGUUCCAUGGAACCUCCGCAGCAAUGGUGAUGUUUGAGUUGGCUUGGGUAAUGUCUAAAGACACCAAAGACAUGCUGUGGUGGAGCGUUCUUGGACUGACUGAUCAGUGGGCUCAUGACAAAAUACCACACAUGAAAUAUGUGACGGACAUCGCUACUCUGCAGCGUCACGUGUCCCGACACAACCAUAGAAACGAGGAUGAAGAAAACUCCCUCUCCAUUGACUGCAUGAGGAUCUCAUUUGAAUACGAUCUGCGUUUAGUAUUGUAUCAGCACUGGUCUCUGUAUGAGAGCAUCUGUAACUCCUGCUACACCUCCUGCAGCUUUAAAAUUUGGUCCAUGAACGGACAGAAGAAAUUGCAGGAGUUCCUGGCAGACAUGGGUCUCCCACUCAAGCAGGUGCGGCAGAAGUUUAACUCCAUGGAUAUGUCGAUCAAAGAGAACCUGCGUGAUGUCAUCGAGGAAUCUGCCAAUAAAUUUGGGAUGAAAGAUAUUCGUGUUCAGACGUUUGGCGUACACUUUGGAUAUAAGAAUCGUUUUCUGGCCGGUGAUGUAGUGCACGCCGCUGCCGCCCUGCUGGAAAACAUUGAGAAGGAUGAAACUCCAGCAGACAACUUCAUCAAAGCUCUGGACUGUCUGUCCAGGAGUAAUCUGGAGCGGUUGCAUUUAGGUAUCGGUCUGGCGAAGAAGAAACUAAAGGCCAUUCAGCAGACGGUGGCGAGCUGCAUCUGCACAAACCUCAUACUGUCACAGGGACCAUUCCUUUACUGUCAUUUAAUGGAGGGAACGCCAGAUGUGAAGCUCUUCUCCAAACCUCUGGCAUUGACUCUGCUCUGCAAGUAUCUGCUCAAAGCUUUCGUCUGCUCUACGAGAAAUAAGCGCUGUAAAAUCUUGCCAUUGAUAAUGGCCGCUCCUCUGGAUGUGGAAAAGGGAACCGUGAUCGUCCUGGGAAUUCCACCCGAGUCCGACACUUCCGACAAGAAAAAUUUCUUUGGCAGGGCUUUUGAAAAGGCGGCUGAGAGCACCAGCUCCAGAACUCUACAUGAUCAUUUUGACACGUCAAUUAUUGAGCUAAAGAUGGAGGACCGGGGCAAGUUUCUGGAUGCACUCAUCACUCUGCUUUCAUAAAGCCCCAGAUCGUCCAAUGAUUGUCAAACUACCAACGAAAACGCUGGACAUCAAGUGUGUUGUUGUGGAUGGGUUUUGCUAUACUUAUGAGGGCCACAUUUUUUAAAAUGUCCUCAAGUAUAGUAAAAGGGAUGACAUUUUAGCUGUCCUCACUAGUAAAAAAAUAAAUGCUCAUAAAUCACCUAAAUUAUGUUUAUCUUUAAAUCUAAUGAAGUGAACAUGUUUCUAUGAGGGAUAGGGGAUUGAAUAUAACUUUAGCCUGCUAUAAAGUGUGUGUGUGUGUGUGUGUGUGUGUGUGUGUGUGUGUGUGUGUGUGUGUGUGUGUGUGUGUGUGUGUGUGUGGUAAUGUUGGAUGGAUAAAUGAAUGAUGGAUGCAGUUCAGGGUAGGAUAAAAUUAAUCUCUGUGAAAAAGAGUGCAUGUAAUACUCAAACGAGUUUGUGUGUGUGUGUUCUCCUCACCUGGUUUAAGUCCUCUUAAACACUUCAUGCCCCCCCACACACGUGUACUGUUGCUCCAAACUUGGAAUUUCACACCCCUUGUGUAAACAAGAGAUUGCCCGUGAUCUCAUGCUGUUUGGUGCCAAAUAUCUUCACAGAAGUUGUCAUUUUGUAUGUA